GCGAAAAUCAACAAGCCUUCUCGACUCUUCCGUUUGUUGGGUGCGGUGUGUGUGUGAAUUGUAAAGAGGAAUGAUCUAAAACGAAACAUAAUUGGCCUGCCGCUGGCCUCAAAAUAUGUUCACGUGAUGUAACCAAAUCAAUUUGCCAAGCCCCCAGCAUCUUCUUCCAAUCGUGACUCUCAACUAGUAGGCACCCUCGAUGUAAUCUUACAUCGUACUUAAGUAUCUACCUGCCAACCAGAUACCUAGGUAGGUCUUUGAUGUCUUCAUAUACUACCUAGAUAAGUAUCGGAUUUGCUUUGAUCGAGGGCUGUUUACUGGAGAAAUAUCUAGCCAAUACACCAAUGACACCAACGAGAUACCAACAGAGCUGCAUAAAUCCUGUUGUUCUUUCCGUUUCUCCUCGUAUUGUUUCUUUCAUACUCGUAUCUUUGCUUUGAUUGUAUCCUUGAAUCCUAGGAUAUUCUAACAUGUUUGUUGGUUUGUUCGUUGGUCAUCGCCAAGUAACUUCAAGUUCAAGAAAUUACUGUAGGAUUAUCGUAGCCUCAAGACUUAGAGCAGUUUGACAUUAUAUGUUAUCCCCCUCGCCCCCUUCAUCUCCUUCGUCGUUUGGUUUUUACUCAGAAAGACUGGUUUUGUAGCAAGCUUACCAUCCAAUUAUAGAAACAUACACUUCCUAAGCCCUCAAGCGCGUAAAUCCUUCGACUCCCAUUCAACGAGGGGUCUGCGGAGAGGCUGUCACUAUUCUUGGCAUGUCCUCAUAAAACCACAGCAUGCCUCCUUGGAAAAUUAGAGUUGUACUCUGGUGGUUCAGUCGCUUUGUUAGUAUGGUACUGGCUGUUUCUACAUAGAUAUUCUCUUUUUGGGUUGCCUCGCUCAAUACCCUUGUUUUAUUCAUUUCUCCACAAUCCUUAUAUCCCAGCCUCAAUCAGUUCUUCCUUUUAUCCUUCUAGAAUGUCUCAUGAUCCAUUUGCUUUCGAUGAUACCCCACAAGUUUUGAAUCUCUUUUCUGAGUGGCUAUGUUGGUGUGUGCUUUGGGCUGGUAUCAAAGUCUAUUCGUUCAUUUCCCGAAAGAAAACACCUUAUGCCCAAGGAGGUGGCGUCGAGGAAGAACCAACAAGUCUUGCCUUCUUUAUCGUUACAUCUAGUGUCUGUGCAUCACUUGUUGAAGUGAAUUGGGUACUGCCAUUCCUUACUCCAGCACUCUACUUUGUCACUCAAAAUAAUGAUGCCGACCAUCAUGUCCUUCCUAGCAACUCCAAAUCCGAGGAAUUAGAAUAUUCAACCAAUUAUGGCUGCAAUUUAAUAUUUUAUAUUCUUGUAGCCAUUUCAACUAGUGUUCUCUUUCUCCCCUCGGCAUAUAACCCUAUCACUAUCGGUCUGGGUCUCAUAUUUCUCAUCUGCCAAACGACCAUCUAUUCACGUCUAAGCUCGUCCUCUAGUGACCGUGAUGAGGUAUCUUCCGUGCAUCAACUGUUUUUAGACCUGGAAGGAACAUGCUGCUGGGUAGUUUGCUUCCUAACUGUUAUCCUCCUGGUUUCACAGCAACAAAGUCCCGGGAUUCUUAGUCUCUCGAUUUACAGUAUCUUCAAGGCACUUUUAUGGGCUGCUGUCAUAAUCCUUUGCAAUGGAGGCCAUGCUUGUACCUUCACUCUCGUGUCUACCUUUGGACUCUCAACCAUAUACAUACACUUCCUUCCUUCUUCAGCUUUAGCUGUGCUAUCCUGUCUCUGUGCGCUUCUUGUUCUAGCACAUAUGGUAUCCACAUUGCCACGGAAAUGUUCUACACGCAAAAUUCUAGGCUUCUUCGCUAUCUUCCCUAUUAUCGCACUCCUCUUACAUUUUGGAAUCCCUGAGUCAAUUAAGGUCUUUUCCGAACUAGUGAAUGGAAUGUUUUCCCAAACUCGCUGCGCAAUUAUCCAAGACGCUUUAAAUAAUACUACCGAAAUUGCUCAGGCAAUUAUGGAUGAGCCCUCUCGACUUGUGGCAGAAUUUGGUCCUAGAGAAGAAUUGAAAUCAUGGCUAGAUGCCAUUUCUGGAUUUUCGAAGACAUGUAUAAUUCCUGCUGCUGUGGCUGUUGAGUUACGAUAGCAUUUGUACACUAUGUCGUUUCUGUAAUAUAGACAUAUCAUAUAUUCUGCACGAAUUCAUAUUAUCAUCAUCUUUUUCUUCGUCAUCAUAGAUAUAGAUAUAGAUUGUGGACAGCAUUACAUUGACAUGAAAACAAAUUAUCGAUGGCAAGGACAAAGUAUCAGAAAAUA